GGAUGUGCCGUAAAGAGACGACGAGAGCGAAGUAGUAGCACUUUCUCAGAGUAAAACUCUUCGAUCGCUCCCUUCUCCGUCCACUCUGCUUCCUCCCGACGACACAGGAGCACUCACUUUCACUACCAACUUUCACUCUCUACCACCACCACACUUUCUCUCUCGCUCUCUACUUGAGCUGUACGACCACCACGAGAAGGAGGAGGAGGAGGCGAAGAAGAAGAACACCAAGAAGAAAGAAUCAUUACAUUUUGUCUAUACUGCUGCACUCUCACCCCGGUUGGGGAUGCAUGGUAAAAGUUGUGGCACUUUUGCGCAGAGGUUUUGGUUUCCCAUCCACCACAAAAUAACAAGACAUCCUUCUCCCCAAAAUAAUAAUAAUAAUAAUAGCAGUGAAAACAAGGCGAAAACGAGGAGUAAAUUGUUGCCAAGUUCUCAUUACAUAGAAAAGGAAGAAGAAACAAUGUGAGAAAGUUCAAGUCUUGUUUUGGUCACAAGAAGAAGAACAACAACAACAACAACUUGGAACUUUCAUCAAGUCAGUCAAGUCGUCAUUAUUGGUGAGAGAAAGUAAAACUAAAGUUGGCAAAGUAAUAAAGUAAAUAGUUUUCGGGGGAAGAUUUGUGAUUGUGUAAAGUUGAUUCUUCUUCUUCUUCACCGCACAUAAAUAGUUAGAUCGCCAUUACACGAGCUAUUUCGUCACCUUGAUAACAAUUACGAGACGAUUUAGUUUGCAUGUGGGGGUCUGGUGUGGAUUGGAUUGUGCUGCUGGGUGACAUAAUAUCUGACCAAACUACUAAUUCCUCUCUACCAAGUCCUCCUCAAGGAGUAGUUUAACUUUUUAGUUGUUAACUUGAGACAAGGAGAAGAAAACUGUUGCAAAACUAACUUUUCUCCUCUCGAGAUCCAUAUCCAACUUAUUGUCGGGGACGACAAUUCAUCCAAGUUUCUGGGUUCCCCUGCAUUAUAAACUGCGAUAAAGUUGCUCAAGGUAAAAGUUGGUGAAAAGAGGCAAGAAAAAAAAGAAAGCCAGCCGCAAGAAAGACGUUGUGUCUCCUUCUUCAUCUACAUAUACACGCCUGCUGCCUGCCUCCCAGUUUUGUUGUGGUGUUGGUUGUUGUGGUCCGUUCUCUGCGGUCGGUGGAAAACUAACUUUGAACUGGAAAUUUGAUCACUCUUUCAUCCAUCGUGGACACAAUGUGACACCAGCGACGACCAGGAUGAUGACGAAAACAAAAACAAAUAACAACACGGCAGAAGAGCGGAAAUGAGUCGGAUGCUUUCCUUUGUACAAAGACGAUACUGAUUUUUUUAAUAGAAAUUGGACUUGUCCUCACGGAACGUAUUGAAAUUGUGCCAGCGUGGGUUGAGUGAGAAAAGAUUAUUAUAAAUAUAAUAUAUAUCUGAACUACUUUCGUUCAGUUGAGGUGGUUGCGUAACCCUAAUUUUCGGAGACGUGGAUAAAGUUCGACUGGAUUGGAUUUUGGGAAGUUUGUUAAUUAAAAAAUGGAUAAAAGCGGUGGUGCCGGGACGCAGUAUUGUUCCGAUGAAGGUGGCGAAUUUUCCCUUCCCGACGGCGUAGAUUUAGUCGGCGUGGGCGACAAUGGGCGAAAUAAGGCGGCCUAUUAUCAACAAUCUGGGCCUGCCGGGUCAUCCUCAACGUCCCGAAGACGCCCCCACUCCCCACAUCACCACCCCCAUUCAAACUCUUCUUCCCGGGGGGGUCACCACCAUCAACCGCCCUCUUGGAAGACUGCUCUCAAACUCGUCAUCGUCAACAUGUUCGUCUGCAGCCUCGUCCUCGGUUACGCCCUCGUCGGCUCGUUCGUAUUUCUCGCACUGGAAAACAACCCUCGUGGCGGGGUGGGCAGCAGCGUGCUCGCCUCGACGAGUGGGGGCGGGGUCAACUCCGGCGGCGCGGGUGGGGGCGGCUCUCUCAUCAAAAGGAACCUCACCACCGCCAUAAUGAACAGUUUACAGAACGAGGCCAUCCAACAGUUGAAGAGUGACACGGUCCGGAACAUUUGGGACAUUACGUUGAGCAUGAAUAUUCUCUACCCGGACAACUGGACGAAAAUGACGAACGAAGAGGUUGGCAACUUCCAGCGGUUUUUACUCGACAAGGUCAUCACCGCCGUGGAGAAUGCGACCGGGCAGGAAACCUACGUCUACCCGUGGACCUUUCCGAGAGCCUUUCUCUUCGCGCUAACCACUCUGACGACAAUUGGAUAUGGUGGAAUUGGGCCGAAAACGUCCUCUGGCAAGGUUGCCACCAUGGUUUACGCCGUCUUCGGGAUCCCCAUCAUGCUCUGGUACUUGUCCAAUGUGGGCUCCCUCCUCGCCAAGAUUGUCCGCUUCUUCUGCCUCAAGGUUUGCGGGUGUUGUUUUUGUCGUGACGUUUCCUCCCCAUCGUCGUCGUCCUCCUCGUCCGCCUCGACGCGUAAGGUGGAUCCCUACUACAACAUGAAACCCAUCGUGGACACGUCGGAAAUGCAUCACCACCACCACAACCAUACCUCCGAUGAUGCCACCAACUCGUCCCGUCACCACCACACCCACUCGCAACACAGGAUCUCAAUCUGCUUCAUUUUCACCCUCUGCAUCCUCGUCCUCCUCGGCUACGUCUGCCUUGGCGCGUGGGUGGUCACGCGGUGGGAAAAGUGGCGUUUCUUGGACUCCUUCUACUUCUGUUUCCUCACUUUGACAACAAUCUCGUUUGGCGAUUCACGAUCGCAACGGACCGGGCGGUUGGACUCUUUCACCGCCACGACCGAGUGGUUCUGCUCGUUCUACAUCUUAUUCGGCAUGGCGUUGACGUCCAUGUUUUUCAACAUUUUACAUGAAGAAAUCUCCCAGCGGUUCAAGCAGUGGAAACAACACUCUCCGAGCAGUGGGGAUAAACGGAUCCCCGUGGAAAACUCGUACUCUGUCCAUUUCAUGAACUUUUCCGGUCCAAAUCAAACCGGCCGGAAUUUCACGGAGGAGACGCUUCUCUCGAAUAGUAGCGAGGUGCAUAGAGGACUCGCGAACCCAGACUCGCCCAAGGGUGGUGGUGGUGGGGGUGGGGGUGUUGGUUAUGACGAUGACACCGGUGGUGACAACAAUGCAUUCAUGUCGCAUGGCAUGGUGCCCCGGGAGAUUUACGGACCGCCCCACACCCAAGGGAAUGUUUUCCCCAGAUAGGAAACAGUCAAGUUUUCGCCGACGACGAGGCUGUGAAAUGGUUAGUGACACGGCCAUCCCUGACAUUACGUUACGCAAACAACAACCACUUAUACGACGACGUGAAUACAUAAGAAGAAGGAGAAAAUUGGGGAGAUGUAUAUGCAGAAAAAAAGAACAGUAAAGAUUUCCGAGGCGAGAUAACCAAAAAAAAGUCUGUUAUUUCUUUCUCUGUCUCACUCCAGGGACUGAUUUAGCUGUCAAAGUCAUGGGUAAAAGUGCUCUCGGAGAGAGAGGAAUGGAUGCAAGUGGCAGUAGUGCGACGACAAUGUCACGCAGAUUUUUUAUGGUGCAAUUUCAAUUCCCUGUUUGAUCAUUCGAAUUCAUUCUUCUUUCUUUCUCCUUUCUCCCUUCGUCCUCUUGAGGAGGAGAGAGAAUAAGCAUAAGUGAAAUGCAGGAUGUGCGAUUUGCCACUUUUUUUUGUUCUAGGAUAAAAACAUAACAUAAAAUUUGUCCUAUUUAUUACUAUAAUCGUGCAAAAUGCGAGAUGUGUAUGUAUGUGAGAGCAGGAUUCUGCAAAUUGGGAGAGAUUAUAAACUUGCGAAUGGAUAGAAAUGUGCAAAUUCUGCGAAAUAAAUUGGAAUGAAAGCCAAGCGUGUGUGUGUGUGUGGAGGAGAAAUGUUGCCAAAAUUUGGAUAGAAUCCCUCCGAGCAGAGGGCAAUAAAUUAUGUAAUUAAUCAUAUAAUUAGCAUUUAUACACUUAUAUAAUUUUAAUUAAUUAGACAACUUUUACCGAUUAAUCAAAUUAAUGGGAAGACUUACAUAAUUGUGUAAACUUUAUAAAAAAGUUGAGGAUUUUAAAAAAUGUGGAGAAAUUUGUAUGUGUGAAAAAUUACGAAUUUUGAAAUGAUAUGCCAACCUUUUUGAUACUGGAGAGAUUACGCGUACAAUUCUAUUGUUAGUUUUUAAUUGUUAUCUUUCAAUGAUAAGUAAAUACUCGAUAAAAGAACGGAAUCUGGUGAAAAAUAAAAUCAUAGAGUUAGAAAUAUGUACCAUAAUUAAGUACUUAAUCUAACUUUGAAUCCUGAUAAUAAUGCAUUGUUAACCCUGCCAAAUUAUGAAAUACUGAACCUGAUGAGAUACAUAAGUAAUGACGAAGCCUAAUUAAAGCGCAAUUACGGCGUCGUUAAUUAACUAAUUGCAGAUUGAGAAAACCAGACCCGACAUGGUGGUGAAGAAGAAGUGAAAUUGAAAUUAUGUAACGUCCUGAAUACUCCAUACAUUUAGUUAAAUAAAUAAAUACUCUUAAAAACUUGUACUAAUUAAUAAUACAAAAAUAUUCAUUAUUGUUUCGUUAAUUUGAAAAAAAAGUACGAGAAAUGCAUGACAUCGUACGAUUAUCCUAAUUACGCUGAUAUUAUAUAAGGAAUAAAAAAGGCAUCACUAUUACACAAUUAUGUACUCCACGUACUCCCAAAAUUUUCAUACAAACCGUUAUAAAAAAUAUUAAAUAUGGAUAAAAUAAAGGUAAAUUAUGGAGUAAAUAUUGCGUGAAAA